GUUAUUUCGAUUUCUAGUUGCGUGUCACUGUGUGAUAGCAAUAAUAAUAUAUAAUAUCGACACAUCGACUUACCAACUAAUACAAAAUACAACCGUGAGCCGUACGUGGUUCAUUCCCGAGACAUUGUCAACAUUCGAUUAUUUCCGUUGUCUUCCCUGCACGAACGCGAAUGAUGGCGCCGAACGCAGAAAGCCAGAAGUACUAUAAAGACGAUGAUAUCGUGAUUUCCGGUAUCUCUGGCCGCUUCCCGAAUUGCGAGACAUUCGAAGAGUUCAAAGAAAAACUGUUCGACGGCACGGACAUACUUGACAAAGAACAGAGCAGGUGGCCAGCUGGUAUUUGCGGUGCAGUAACCAAGAUUGGAGUCCUCAGUAAUUUGGAGAAAUUCGAUUCCACAUUUUUCAAUGUACAUCCAAAAUUGGCUGAAAGGUUGGACCCACAAAUCCGUACUAUGCUGGAGAGUACAUACGAAGCGUUUGUUGAUGCCGGUGUGAAUCCGACUUCUUUGAGAGGAUCGAACACCGCAGUGGUUGUGGCGACAACGAACAAUGAUUACGCCGAUUGGUGGUCCGCCGAUCCAACCAGAGUAAAUGGUUACGAGUUUUUGGGGUGUACUAGAACCAUGUUCCCGAAUCGUAUUUCGUACUCGUUCGAUUUGAAAGGGCCCAGCUAUGCCGUCGAUUCCGGGUCUUCAGGAAGUCUGAUGGCUUUCGAACACGCGUAUAGAAUGCUCAAGACCGGAGUGGUGGAUGGUGUAGUGGUCGCCGGGUGUUCGUUGCUGCUCAAUCCCGUGCUGUCGGUCAUGUUGCAGAAGAUGAACAGCGUAUCACCGGACGGAAAGAGCAGGCCUUUUGACGCCUCAGGCCAAGGGACCGCCCGCAGCGACGCCGUCGUCAUCGUGUACAUGCAGCGCGCCAAAAACGCCAAACGGGUGUACGCCACCGCAGUGAGCGCGCGCACCAACACCGAGGGUUUCCGUUUAGAAGGAGCCAUUUACCCGACCAACGUGCAGCAGAUCGAACUGUUUCGAGAGGUCUUGGACAUCGCCAAAAUCAGUCCAGCCGAUGUUGACUACGUCGAGAGCAGCGCCUGCGGCGACCAGUUGGGUGACGCCCAGGAAUUGAACGCCGUAACAGAAGUGUACUGCAAGAACCGCACCAAACCACUGUUGAUAGGAUCCGUGAAAUCAAACAUGGGCGACGGCGAACCGGCUUCCGGACUUUGCGGCAUCGUCAAAACCGUGUUGGCCAUGGAACGUCAGGAAAUCCCGCCGACGCUCCACUACAAUGCUCCAAACCCCCGGGUUCCAGCCCUGAAAGACGGUCGGCUGCUUGUCGUCAACAAAUCUUUGUCAUGGAACGGGCGGUAUGCAGCUGUGAAUGCGGUGGGUAUCGGUGGACAUAAUGCCCACGCCCUGCUGAAGGCCAACGAGAAGCCAAAACGGCCACAGCCUGAGGAAGCCAUUCCCCGGCUAGUGAUCGGGUCUGCAAGAACCGAAAGCGCGAUCAAUUACAUGUUGGACAGGAUCGAAGGCAUGCCUAGAGAUCCUGAGUACUACGGUCUAUUGUACGGAGUUCAGAGUCAAAACAUUCCUGGUCACAAUUUCAGGGGAUAUAGCAUUCUCGGCGAGACAAACGCCCGCGAAGCAGUGACCAUUGGUGUAGGCAAACGUCAAGUGUGGUACGUCUUCUCCGGAAUGGGAAGUCAAUGGACUGGCAUGGGUCGCGACCUGUUGGCUCUGCCACCGUUCCGUGCAUCGAUCGAUAAGACCGCCAAUACGCUGAAAAAUCUCGGGUUGGACCUCUACGCCAUUUUUGAAUCAAACGACAAAACGGUCUUCGACAACGUAUUGAAUUCGUUCGUCGGGAUCGCUGCUAUACAGAUCGCUUUGGUAGAUGUUCUCACUGCUGUCGGUAUUACUCCCGAUGGAAUCGUUGGGCACUCGGUCGGAGAAUUGGCUUGCGCAUAUGCCGACGGAACUUUGACAGCCGAACAGACCAUAAUUGUCGCCUAUUGGAGAGGCCGCAGUCUUCUAGACCUGAACUUGCCCCCGGGCGCAAUGGCAGCAGUUGGCUUGUCUUGGGAGGAGGCCAAUGCUCGAGUUCCUUCCGACAUCGCUGUGGCUUGCCAUAACAGCGAAGACGGUGUCACGAUUUCCGGGCCACCAGAUUCAAUCGCACAAUUUGUGAACCAAUUGAAAUCUGAAGGCGUGUUUGCGAGGGAAGUCAACAGUUCUGGAAUCGCAUUCCAUUCAUGGUACAUCGCUGCAGCGGGACCAGUAUUUAAGAAAAAAGUCGCAGGCAUAAUUUCAAACCCGAAAAUGAGGUCAUCUAAGUGGAUCAGCACGUCUAUCCCGGAAUCCAGGUGGAACGAACCACUGGCGCAAUUUUCGUCAGUGGCAUACCACGUAAACAACUUGGUAUCUCCAGUUUUGUUUAACAGUGCGUUGAAACACGUACCCGACAACUCUGUGGUCAUCGAAAUCGCACCGCACGCGCUCCUCCAAGCCAUACUGAAACCAAGCGUCGGUUCCAAGUGUACGCUCGUAGGUUUAGUACGAAGAAAUCACUCGACGGUAGCGAAUUUGUUGUCUAGCAUCGGAAACCUGUUCAACGCCGGACUGCAACCAAAAAUAGAAAACCUGUACCCACCAAUCAGCUAUCCCGUGUCCAAGGGUACGCCAUCACUGCAGCCAUUGGUCGAAUGGGACCAUUCUGACAACUGGGACGUGAUCACUUUUAUUGAAAACGAAGUCGCGUCGUCCGGCGAAGUCAAACUAGAAGUGGACACCGAAAACGAAACGUACAACCACCUCAGGGGCACAUACGUCGAUGGUGUCGAAGCCCUUCCAUACGCAUCAUACCUCACAUUCGUGUGGACAGCUCUAGCUAAAUUGCAACUGUCCACUACUGAUAAACUUCCCGUUGUUUUCGAUAACGUUCAAUUCUUCAAAACAUUACCUAUCCCAGAAAAUGGAAAAUUCAGUUUUACUGUUAACAUUUUGGCGGGCAGUGGAGAAUUUGAAAUUCGAGAGAGUGAUAUCGUUGUAGCGUCAGGUUUCAUUCAUAUCCAACCAUCUGACGAACAGAUGCAAUUGCCAGAGCUUAAAUCAUACGAAGUCGAUCAGUUAUCGACCGCUGAUGUUUACCAAGAGCUUGUGUGCAAAGGAUACAAGUACAGCAAAAGCUUCCAAGGCAUCAACUUGGCCAGUAACAACGGUAAUUGUGGACGUAUCGCUUUUGAUGGAAAGUGGGCACCUUUCAUUGAAUCGUUGUUGCAACUGCACCUGUUGAAACUCGACACUAGAGAUCACUACGCCAUUAAAUACUUAUUCAAAUUGAGCGUUUAUCCGGAAAAACAAUACAAAUCCUUGAUUUCUAAUUGUGCGUCGUUCAGUGUUUACGAAAACAUUGGCGUGAUUAAAUCCGCUGGAGUCGAGAUUAGAGACGUCAGGUCGACAUUGGUCCCCGUCCGAAAAGAAUUACAGCAAGAUUUCGAUUUGGAGUCUUAUAUAUUUUUGCCAUUCGUGUUAGAAGAACCCGUUAGUGAACCACUCAAGAAUAUCGUUCAAAUUGUAUUGGAAAACGCUUACGAAUCUUUUGACGUGUCGGAAGUAGUAAUCUCUGUACAACAUGAACUUUUAGUCCCACAAAUCUUAAAUCUGGUCAACGCAAAAUCUUCAUUCCACAUCAAUGCUAAUGUCUAUGUUAAAGACGUAAGCCAAUACCAGUCCAAUAAAUUUGUGGCUUACUAUGAACAAGAUUUGACAACUAGUGCUUUGGAAAAACCAUCAUUCCUCGUAGUAGCAAACGGUGUCAUUGACAAUAAACAACUACUGAACAACAUACUAUCGGGUGUCAAAAACGGAGGUUUCUUGCUAACCGUAGAACGUAAAUUUGAUUCAAAAUUCAGACAAGUUGAAGUAGACGUGAUUGCGAAGUACUCAGAUGGUCAAAAUUUAUACAUUUUGUUAAAAAAGAACAUCGAUGUACCCACUCCAAUCGCAGUAUCUGUUGGAAAUUCAUUCACCUGGGUCGAGUCAUUAAAACAGAAAAUUCAAAACGCUAACAACGAUAACCGAGAUAUUUUUUUGAUCAGUCAAAAUUUGGAAAACACUGGUGUGAUUGGAUUAACAAAGGGCCUGAGACAAGAACCAAAUGGCAAAUUUGUCAAAUGUGUGUCAAUUAAAGAUAACAAGGCGCCCUUGUUCUCCGUGUCAGCUCCGGUAUAUCAGGAACAACUUAAGAAAGGACUGGCCGUCAAUAUGUUUUUGGGCGGUGCUUGGGGUACGUGCAUGUUCGCUCCGUACAAACAAGCCAAAGUUCAGGUAGAACAUGCUUACAUAAACACCACAAAAUCUGGCGAUGUAAACAGUUUACAAUACAUAGAAGGAAAACUAUCAACUUUCAACCCUAAAGAAUACCCAGAUUAUGAUCUAUAUUACCCGUACUACGUUCCACUCAAUGGCUUGGACGUGAAAAUGGUAAACGGCACACUUCAGUGUAAUGGAAUUUCUGGAGAUAUAGCGCAACAAGGUAGCUUCCUUGGUAUGGAGUUUGCUGGCCGCAGCGCCAGUGGUCAGAGAGUACUCGGUUUGGUACCCGGCGGCGCUUUGGCUACUUCAGUUCUAGCGCACAAAGAUCUCGUCUGGCCAUUGCCUGAUGAGUGGUCUCUGGAAGAAGCUUGUACUGUGCCGAGGACUUACAGCCUGGCCUACUACGCGCUUGUCGUGCGGGGAAACAUCCAACCGGGCGAAUCCGUUUACGUGCACGCCGGCGCUACCGGGAUAAGCAUUGCCACCAUCGCCGUGUCUCUCGAAUUGGGAGCCAUCCCGUAUGUAGGAGUAUUCAACAAGGAACAAAUAGUGUUCCUGAAAACACGGUUCCCGCAACUGAACGAUGACAGUUUUGCUGAUCUGGCCAGUGGUGGAUUCGAGCAACACCUACUGGAGCAGACCCAAGGUCAGGGGGUCGAUCUGAUAUUCGAUACUUAUUCCGUGAUCAACAAACGCCAAGAGUUCGUCAACUCAUUGGCCGAGUACGGCCGAUUGGUGGACGUUGAAGUGUUCGCACCAGUGUCCGACUCAUUAGGGGUGUCCGGAAACUUGAAGAGCAUAACAUACAGCAAGAUCUCGUUAAGCAACAUUCAUUUUUCGCCAUCCGAAAUCAAAUACAUCCAAAGGUUGGUUGGUCAAGGUAUCCGGAGCAAGAAAGUGCAACCACUGGCAACCACCGUUUUUCCAGCAAGUCAGGUGGCCGAUGCGUUCAAGCACAAUGUUAAUCACACCAACGUAUUAGGAAGAACUGUAAUUGAAAUCCGCAAAGAGGAAGAUAAGGUAAACGCAAUUCCGGCCAAGAUAACCGUCGCUGCGUCCCCAAAAUUAUUCUACACUCCUGAAAAAGUGUUCGUCGUUAGCGGAGAUGAAGAGAGCUUGAACUUGGAAUUGAUUCAACAUCUAGCGCAUAGAGGAGCCCGAAAAUUUGUUUUAGUAUCGAAAAUGAACAACAAACCGCAGUCUGGUUAUAAGACGUUGACGUUGAGACGGUUAAAGAACAAAAACGUUACCGUGGUCGUAUCGUUUGCCGACCCGUCAACGGUGAGAGGCGCCGAAGAAGUACUGAGAGAAGCGGUAGCCCUCGGCACGGUCUGUGGUAUAUACCACAUAACCACUGCUCCGGAGACCAGAAACUUGCAAUCGCUGAGCGAAAACGAUUUUUCAGCGACGAAAAAGUCCGUGUCCGAAGCAGUUGCCAAUCUGGACACACUGAGCAGGAGAUUGAUUCCCAAACUUGAAUCGUUCGUUGUUCUCGCUCCGGCUGUGGCGUCACGUGGAGCUAAAGCCAAGUCCAACUACGUAUUUGCGAAUGCGGAUGUGUUUAGGAUUUCUGAAGUCCGCAAAAUCUCGGGCUACCCAGCAGUGGUCAUAGAAUACGGCGCGAUCGAAGGUUGUUCGGACAUGUUCAACAGUCCAAACUUCAAACCGGCGUCAAUCGUUUCAGCGCUGAGCGUCCUGGACGUUGUCACCAAACAGCCACAGAACCCUACAGUCGUGUCGUACUCAAAGUUCAACGGUCCGAAUUACGACGAUUCGGAUGCCGCGACUCCAUUGUUAUUGACAAUUGCCAAGAUUUUCGGUUACAGGGCCUUGUCGGAAGUCGAACAGACGUUCAAUCUCGCUCAGCUCGGCCUGGACACGUUCCUCGCUCCACGCGUCCAAGAAGCCAUCCGACAACAUACCAACGUGGUCCUGGAAAUCGAAGAACUCAGAAAAAUUACGUUCCCUGGUCUCCGAGCCAAGAUUCUCGAUUUACUCGCCUGAAAUACCGUGCAUAUAUUAUUACACUGUUGUUAGACCUGAAUGUUAUUAAUUGUAUUUUAUUUCACCGAGCGCGUGUAAUGCUCUUAACUUUUAAAUAAACCAAAUGAAAAAUAGUUAUAGAAA